AUGCGUGUUGCUUGCCUCGCGAUGUUGCUGUGCUUGUGGGCGGUCGUUGGGGUCGAGUCGAAGUCCUUCCAAGGAGGAGUCGUUCUCGAGUCCAGAGUCGUUCGCCAGGUCAUGAUGCAAGGCGGCAAGGCGAAAGGGAAGACCGACGAGGAAGAUGCCGAUGCAGAACCGGAGGCUGAAGGGGAACCGGAACCGUACCCAGAAGCAGAGGCAGAAGCAGAACCUUACCCGGAGGCGGAGGCAGAAGCAGAGGCCGAGGCGGAACCUUACCCGGAGGCCGAGGCCGAGGCGGAACCUUACCCGGAGGCCGAGGCAGAGCCGGAACCUUACCCGGAGGCGAAGGCGGAGCCAAAACCAGCAGCCAAGGGUUCAAAGGCAAUCACCACAUCAUUGGGCACAAGAAGCUUCGUUGAUGAAGAGUUCUCGUUCAACCCCACAAAUUGUUUUUUCUCAGUGCAAAUGUAUGAACUUAUUGUUCAUGGCAAUAUAGUUGAAGCAAUCUCAACAAAGUUACAUCAUGGAAUUGAGAAUUCAGAAUUUUACUCAUGA